AUGGAGUCUGCCUUCUCCCUCGUGCCGCGGAAGCCUGCGGCGGCGAGUGGCCUCGAAAAGCCAAGCAGCAGCGGUCGUUGGGCAAAGUCGAAACGCCUGCAGUCCACCAACUCCUCUCCCAAGGCCGCGCUGUCUGGUGCGGUGGGACGUCACGGCACCCCCACCGACGGCGUGCACGGGCGGUCUAGUCUGUGUCUCGCUCAGACCGGCAGGACGAGGCGGGAGGAAUUUACCACGGGGCUCCGUGCCUCGCAGGAGGGCACCGCCGAUGCGGCCGCCCGCACAGAAAAACGCAACCCUGCCAAGACGAAGGUCGCGGAUGACGCCAAAGCCUUCAUCGUCGUUGUCGGCUCCGAGCGGGACUCGGUGCCUUUCCGUCUUUGCUGCGAGGCCCUGGCGGAGGGGUGCGUGCAGGCGUAUGUGCAUCUCUUUGACUUAGCCCACCGCGACCCCGUCUGCGUCGACACGCUGUCGCGAAAGUUCUUCAGCGUGCCAGACGACCGCCUCGCGUGGGUGCAGCAGCAGCUGUCCGCUGUGGAAGUCCUUCGCCGGCAGAGCGAGUUUGAGCAUGUGCUUUCCCAUUGCCAGCAACUGGCCAACUACUUUGAGGGCGAAGGGGACUACGCCGAGGCUGCGUGGCACUACGAGACGGCGCUGCAUCAAAUGAGGGAGUCACUCGAUCAUACCCUCGAGCAGCGCGCCCGCGAAGCGUACGCCACAUUUCAGGAGCGGCAGGGGCAUUUGGGGGAGGCAGCGGUGCUCUACGAAGCCAUGUACCGCCUUGCCGUCGCCCUCCGUGACGAAGCAACACUCCAGGCGGCAAGUCGUUGCCUCGUGCGAGUUCAUCAAGCCCUCGGCGACGCCGUAAAGUUCAGCAAUCCUGCCGCUGCGGCGCGGCACUACACCAAGGCUGCCGAAGCUGCGGAGCGCAUUAAGAACGGCCUUGACGAGGGUGCCGCCUACUCGGCCCUCGGCGACGUGAGUGAGGCGCGUGGGGACCUGCCGCUGGCACUCAAGUACCAGCGCAGCUACCGCACUGUGGCGCAGCAGAAUGACCUAAAGCCGCAAGAGUGUCACGCGACGCUGCGCGUGGCCGACCUGGAAGAGCGGCUAGGGCUCAAGCUAGAGGCAUCCACCACUCUGCAAGAGGCGCUGCAAUUGGCGAAGGAACUUGGGGCUCCACGGCAGCUCUGCAUCGCCACCAUGCAGCUGGGCGAGGCGUACCGCAUCCGUGACCAGGAGGACCAGGCGCUGCAGUGCUUUGAGGAAAGCUUUGCUGCGGCAAUGGAAGCAGGAGAUCAGGAGCUCAUCGAUACCGUCCGCAUCGCCAUGGGCUUCGCCCGCGGCGACUACUACCUCACCCAUGCUUACGGUGGAGAGGGGUACCUGCACCUCGUUUACACUGAUAUUCGCGCGCAGCUGGCGUGGAUGAGCGGCGGCACGCUGUGA